AUGGACGCCCACGACCACCUGGAGGAUGUCUUCACAUCUGUCAACCUCUGGAAGCCCUCCACGUAUUUCGAGAAGGAGUUGACCUAUAAGUCCUCGUUGUUUUCAGCUAUAGAACUGGAUAUUCCAUCUUUGCAGUUAGAAAACCCAUAUGCGCCCAAGGGGACCCUCGAUCAAGCCCUUCAUCUUCCAGAUCUUGAGACUUUCCAAUUUGGAUCCCUCUCAGACCCCAGUAUACCCGAUGAAUCCACAACUCAACCUGAUACCGAGCUGCAAGAGGAGAAGGAGGACAUAUGGAAGAUCGCGUUCGAUUUGGGACCCGCAGACAAGGAUAUUGCUUUCUAUACAUGGGAGUCCUUUGAGAACCCCGGAAGCAAUGAGCCUCGUUCAGCCUAUAUUUCAGAGGCCAGCACAGAUGCGUUCGAUGCGGCACUUCAAGAGUUGUCACAGGAAAAUGGAGGUCAUAAAGGCGCAGAGAGAGUCGUAAAACCCAUUGUACUUCUCCAAUCUCUAGUGAGUCUUGGACUCGGCCGGUCUUCAGUGUUGUUCACCUUCGGCGGAGAGGACCCCAAUCGCUGCAUCCAGGCUCUCGAAGACGGUCGAAUACCAGGCUGUAGUCUUGUUUCAUCUCAAAACUUCAUAAACCGCUUUUUGACCAACGGUACCACUUUUCGACAGCUAAGGUCUUUCACGGAGCACACCUACGCAUCUAGUAAUGCUCUUCCUGCACGAGUAGCUUUGGCGAACGCGGUUUCGACUAUCCUUACGACAUUCGAGACUUAUCUUGGGAAGCAAUCAAACAACAUUAAGUCUAUGCUGCAACUGCAGCAGGUAUUCGAAAAGCCACAGGAAAUACUGAUGCAUCUCAAAAGCAUGGUAGACACUAUAACAACUGGUCGGACGAAUGAAGAGGUGGUAUCAAUGUUGUACCAUAGAAUCCAGUCCUCAGAUCAAGGGGACGAUGGGGUCCGUCAAAUUGCUGCCCAGAUCUUGUCCACUGUUGCUCGUCCAUUUCUUGAACUAGUUGGGGAGUGGACGGGCACUCACACAGAGCUUGUCACAAGCUUUAGUGCUGAGAAGAGUUUUGUUGAAAUUGUGGACGGCGCAGAAGACUCAGCGGUACCCGAGUUCGUUUACAACUCCGACAUGAUGCCCGAUUUCAUUACAGACGAAGAUGGAGCAGCGAUUUUUGAGACGGGGAACAGCCUUCGCUUUUUGAAGUCACAUCAUCCUGAACAUCCACUAGCUAUACCCGGAAAGUUCGACAUUAUAGCUCCGAUUCUAGAGUGGAAGUUCUCGUGGGCAGAUCUUGAGCUAGUAUCGGAGAAGGCUAAGACGUACGAGAUGGAAGUCAUGAGUGCUAUUCAAGAGCUCAGAGGAGCUCCAAAUGCUUCUGCAUCUCAUUUAGGGGCCGACACCAUCGAUCAUCGAGCUUCAGAUGGGAUGCUGGAUCAAAAUUUUGAACAAUACCUUUUAGAGUCUGCUCGGACGUUCGACGCACUUCCCACGCAGGAUUCUAAUACAUUGCCAGACGAACUUCAGGAGCUAGUAUUGAGAACUAUAUCGUCAAACUCUCGGAUUGAAAGCCCGAAUGAUUCGGAAUUCGCACCCCCACUGUCUUUGACCCCAUACCUCUCCUUUAUUCCAAUCCUAGCUGCGCAAGCGCGCAUGAUUAACGCCACAACUCUCCGGCUGUUCUUCCGAUCACAUCAACUGCGCCUACAUUUCUCACUUCAACGACAAUACCACUUACUAGGCGACGGCGUAUUCUUAUCACGCCUUUCCUCCGCUCUGUUCAGCCCUGAAUUAGAAGCAGCGGAACGCCAGAAGGGCACCGUUCGCAGUGGCAUUCAAAUGGGCCUGAAACUAGGUUCCCGCACAACGUGGCCACCUGCAAGCUCAGAGCUAAGACUAGCUCUAAUGGGUGUUUUGAGUGAAAGCUUCCAUUCUUCCCGUCUCUACCAGUCCUCUGUCAAACAAAAAGCGAAGCUAGAUUACCGUCUGAAGAAAGACCGCGAAGAGCUUCCCGGACAGCUCAAUUUCGCAAUCCGAACCCUCCCUGAAUCUGAGAUGGAAAAGAUCAUGGACCCGCAGUCCCUCUACGCGCUCGAUUUUCUCCGUCUACAAUACAUUCCACCCUCCCCUCUCCAUCUCGUCAUCACAUCCGCGGCUCUGGAAAAAUACGACCUGAUAUUCAAAUUUCUCCUUCGACUUACUCGCAUGAUGUUUGUGGUCUCGCAUCUUCCACGCACAUACACGACUCCCGCAUCUCGACGCUUCAGAAACGAGGCGCAUCAUUUCGUUUCGGCGGUGAGCUUUUACAUUUUCCAGACAGGCAUAAGCGAUCACUGGACUGCUUUUGAAGACUUCCUCGACUCUGUCGAAGCUCGGCUAGAGAAUGAAGAUAAGGUCGGCACUAUAGGCGUUCUCGUCAGGGAAGGGCUUGAGAGCUUGAAGAAGGCUCAUGACCAGUGCUUGGAUCGCAUCAUGUUCUCGUUGCUGCUGAGGCGGAGGCAGAAACAGGUUUUGACGCUACUAGAGGAAACCUUUGAUGCUAUUCUAUCGUUCUCGAAGCUCAAUACUGAUAACCGGUAUAUUACGUUGGAGAAGAACACGAAACCGGAGAUGACCGAAGCAGGUCCCGAGGACCUGUAUGCCCUCUUCAAAGGAAAAGUCCGAGUCUUCAUUAGCGUGUGUAGAGGACUGACCGGGAAGCGGGGGUAUGGGAAAGGGAAAGGCACGAGUGAGGAGAACACGAUUGACCGGCUUCUGGUGUUGUUGGAGAUGAGUUCGUACUACAGUGGCUGAGCACGAAUACCUUUGAAGCCCGAAAGGAGCUAUUGAAUAUCCACAUCAUCUCGCAUCUAGGCGUUCCAUAAGCUACGCACUCUCUGUCGAUUCAUACAAUGCCUCCGAGAACUUCCAUGCAGCAGAACAC